AGCUAGUAGUGGCACGAGCAAAAUAUCUGAGAAGAAGAAAGGGAAAGAAAACACAUUUAGUAGUAUCAAAGAAGAAGCCUCGUCUUGUUACUCUUACCUAAAGAUUGUACAAGUGCAUACUUUAAGGGUAGUUUAUCACUAUCCCAUGUGGACUUCUAUGCUGAGCGGGCUUCUCCUGGAUUUGGAGGGGAAACUAGGGGGCAAAGAGGGCAACCCACUCGACUCGGCAUCGUGAGAGACUGCCUUUGAAUACUGAUAGCGCCAACAAGAAAGAUGUUGCUCUUUCUUUCGUUCGUUGUUUCCUCGCGGUUCUUGGCCGUACUUGCUUAUCAACGAGCCGGCGGUGGUGGAGUACAUCAGCCUGGCAGUCCUCCUCCGCCUGGAAAAAGAGGAGAAUUAGAAGCAGUGCUGAAACGACAGCGAGAAAGGGCUGAAAGAUCAUUAAGGUUUGAAAGAUUAAGACCUCUCGCUCUCUAACUGUGAGCGUGGUAUCCAUGAUUCAAUCAUUGACCAUAGCGCGUAAUCCACUGUAAAAAUAUGCUUAUCCAUGAUCCAAUGAGAUUGACCGUGGCAAGAAGAGAAAGGAUGAAUAUAUUUAAAAUAUGGCGCAUAAAGCAUGCCCUUUGCAAGAAGAGAAAGGAUAGGCUUAUGCCCUAUCAUGGCAGUCUGCACAGAUCUUUGUGCGAGAUAACUUGCAUUGUACUGUAGUACUAGCGGCCAACUUGCAACCCCUAAAAAAAGGGGCACGAACAGAGCAAAGCAUCCGGGAGGCCUUGGCAGAUGCCGCGCAAAUAGCUGAUGAUGGUCCGGUCUUAGUGAGGGACAGCCAAUCGAUGGGACCAUCAAGAUCUGCGCGAACUCUCCCGCAUUCACUUGGCCAGCAUCAACAAAAAGGUAGCGCGAGUGUUGAUCUAGCCCAUCCUCUUCAAGACUGCGCUAAAACUGGCACGGGUAGAAGUUCUUCGUCUAUGUGUAAUGCUGUACUACCCUCCACCAGUACUACUUCUAGUUGUGCUUCGGCCUCUACUGUUGCAGUGGGCAAAUCAAGCAGUGGCUGCCUGUCGGACAGAAAUGUCCUCGAUCAGACGCGACCUCAGAAGAUGGAAAUGCAGUUGCAAGGUGACCAACGUGAUCGAGACGGAGGGGAUACUCCUCCAGUCGAAACCAGAAGUCUCUCAGCGGAAACUGUCGUAUUUGGCAGUGCUCUUGUGGAAGAUUCCAAAUUAAGGCAAAGUAGUAGAGCCAGAGUGCGCCCGCCUAUUAAAGGUAGGACGGUAGGACGCCUAUGGUCCACAUUGGGUGCUUGAGCUUCUUUGUUAUAACUCGGAUAAAUAGAGGAAGACAAGCAUUUUCCCACGAUUCCAGCUGCUUGGCUCUAACAAAUCAUGCUGCAGCGGAUCACGAGCCUCAACCUCAGGAUACGGGUAAGCGAGAAAGUGGGCAUAUUAAGGGGAGUACAGAUAGAUGACGCAUCUCCUAGAAGUAGAACUGAAUCCCUAGCGCAGCCAUUCUUCCUAAAAGUUCGAAACCCCUGGCAGCUUUUUUUUUCUUGAAAGUGCUAAACAACCCCUAGCAGCGGUUCUUCUUAGAGUUUCAUCCAGUAGCAUCGAGCUAGGGGACGAUGUUCAUGUUCUGAAGCAGGAUGUAUAAUUGUUGCAACCUCUAACUUUAUUUCCCGGACAGCGUCACGGUCAACUUCAGUGAUAUCGACUCGGACAGCCUCGCCACCUCCAGUUAUGGAAAGAUCACAAAACGUGAGCAACUGUAACUGAACAAGAAUAUUACCUACAAGAUGACAGGGCUAUGCCAAUACCAGCUCGCCGACUUCCCUUCUAACCCAGGUGGAGCAGCACUACAAGCACCACAGGGGUUACUUUUAACUAGUGCGUCGACGACAUCAUAUGCUUCUCCGCAAGCGUGCAUGAGAGAGCACCGUGUCAUAUCGACUCAGGCGCCAUCACCAUUAUGCAGGAAGUUUUCUUCGUAUGUUAAGUCACAUCGUAAAUGUCUCUCUACACCUCGCGUGAAGGAGAUGGAAAGGCAACCUAUCCUAUCCUAUAUAAUGUAAUUCCUUUCCACGACAGGACGAUCAUGCGAGUUUGUGCUUCUCAGGUUUUCCCUUCCUCUUGCGGCGUGGGGCAUUAUUCUGAGAAUGAAAACAAUGACGUGACUUCUGUCUCUCUCUAAGACCAGGAUCUUCAACGAGCUCUUUGCAGGCCCAACAGGUGCUGUUGCGCAGUCCGAUCAUUGCGACAAGACAAAUGAUGGGAGUGGCACCAACACCACGUGAUACGUCGAGACCGCAUCAUGUUGUACAACAACAAGUGGCCGCUGCACCUACAACCUUGGCGAAGUCCUCAUCUUCACGAGGAGUGUUGGACUCAUCCCGAUCGUUACGGGCGGCCAUGGCCGCUCGCGGUGGACGCGCUGUUGCUCAAGGUGUGCAGCACUCUGAUCAUUCUUCACAGCCUCUACUUGGGUAUACGUAUACUAGUAUGUUACCAGAUAAUUAUGCACCAGCACCUCCUCCAGGUGGAGCAACUACAACAUUGUCAACACCUACAACUACGUUUGUGACUGCCGGUUCAAGUGUCACGAGCGUGCCAGCUUCAAGUGUGAGCGUGCCAGUCUCGGGUGUCAGCGUCGUACCCGGAGUACGGCUAUCCUCGUUUCCACCGGUCGUUACGCCUACACCUUCUUUCCACGGUCAACAAGUCUACAACGCGAAUACACGUGUGCUCGUGAUUCAACAACCCACGACUUCUUCUGCCUCCAUCACUGUUAAGGCAUUGAAGAUGAAAUUUCCAAAAGAAAGAAGAAGGCAAGUUUCGUCUUUCUUGUGAGUACUGUAAGAAACAGUGGGGAAAAAGCUUCUAAUUAUCGUGGAUCGUCGUCAACGUCCUCUACUAGUUCUGACGGAGACGAAAUCGAAACGCGGCUAAGAUCGCUGCAGAAAAUGAAUUAAGGCAAAGGCAUUUUUGCACCAUCGUAGUAUCGGUAUCUUCUAACCGGUCGUUUAAUGUAGUACUACUAGUGCUCGUCUUUUAUAACGUUGCUUUCAUCUUCGUGAUCAUACUGAAAGAUUCGUAGUCGUACAAUAUUGAUACUUUUUUCGUCUUUCUCUUAGUUAGUUACUUUUCUUGCACUACAUGUAGUGCAUAUUUCCAGUAAUCUAUCAUAUGAUUAUCCUAGAGUUUGCGCUAAUGAAGAGAAUCGGGGAGAAUUACCGCAGAAGAGUACAGAAAUCUGGUCGCUUCGCUCAACACUUCGCUCAUGCAAUCGAAGAAGCAGUCCUUGUAAUGUAGCUGAAGACUGUGAUCGGAGAAGGUCAGGCGCAGAAGACGUGACUUUGAAGCAGAUCGAAGAGUCAGAAGAUUGAGAUCUUCAACAUUGAAGAAGAGGAGAUAGAUGCGUUGUACUUGAACUUCAUUCAAGAAAACGAAAUAGGUGCAGACGGUGACUGUAUUUAGGAGACACGUCAAAGUACUGUUACUAAACGUUCAAGAAAAAAGAAAAACUACUUAAUACAACUGUAAUCUUGAGAAUACAUCAAUCUGUUGCUGUUACUGUAAGUAUGAUAGAUAAAACUUGUAGUUGUUCUGUCAUGUAACCACAAUUCUUGUGAAGAUUGUGGGAUAGGAGUCGAAAAUAGUCUUCAGCCCCUCCCAUCUUGAAAAUGGUCAAGAUGUUAUCCAUUGUGUAGAAAAAAAGUAUCUAUAUUAUAAGUAACUUCCUAAAAUAUGAUUGAGUUUUCGUAAGAUGAUCAUGAUUUCUGUUCACAAGACGUGUAUAUUUUCACAGUGCAUCAUUGUGGCACACCUCUCAUCUGUUCACAAGACGUGUAUAUUUUCACAGUGCAUUAUUGUGGCAGGAGGUUAGUUCCUGUAGUUGUAUCAUGAUGCAAAAUGUAGUUGAUGAUGCGAAAUGUGAAUGUGUUUUUUAGUUGUAUGCAGCUGAUGCCCUAAUAACCAUAACUAGGGCAUUUUGAGGGCUGCUCUACUACGCC